GGAACCCUCCAGUUCGAACUCACGCUAUUGAAAAGGCUCGACUUGGCUCGUUAGCGUCCUACACCAGAGAGAGAGAGAGAGAGAGAGAGAGAUGAAGCAGUUCGAUCCGUGGCCCGUUUUCUUCAGGCGAGAAUGGAGUCGGAACUGGCCUUUCUUGGUCGGUUUCGCCAUCACCGGCACCAUCAUCACCAAGCUAUCCCUCGGCCUCACCGAAGCGGAUGCUAAGAACUCCCCGUUCGUGCAGAGGCACAAAAGGUGAAACCUCCGAUUUGUCCCUAAUUUACAUCGCAACCAGUUCUCUCUAUUGUGGUCUGCGUGUAGUUUAGGUGAGUUUCUGGAUGCUUGAGAGGUGGAAGCACUGUGUUCUGUGUCGGAAGUGAACAUCAAUGUAUUGUACUUUAGAAGUUCAGCUCUGAUUUUUUCUACGUUGACUAUCCAUGAAGAAUAGACUUCAUUCAUAAAGCGCGAUUAAUGUUAUGGGUUUCCAUUUGCUAGCCGAAA